AUGACUGAAAAAAAGGUUUGGCUCAUCACAGGCUGUGCCUCAGGGCUCGGCAGGGAGAUAGCACUAGCAGCUCUCGAGAGGGGAGACGUCGUCGUCGCCACAGCCCGUGACCCGUCCAAGCUGUCAAACCUCGCCACACGCGGCGCCAUGACAGAGCGCGUCGACGUGACAGACAGCGACGAGAACCUCGCAGCAUCAGUGGAGAGCAUCACUUCCAAGACCCCAGGCGGCCGCAUCGACAUCCUCGUCAACAACGCGGGCUACAUCCUGGCCGGCGGCGUCGAGGAGGCCAGCCGCGCCGAGGCGCAGGCCAUCUUCGAGACCAACGUCUUCGGCCAGCUCAACAUGAUCCGCGCAGUGCUCCCCGUCAUGCGCGCCGCCCGCUCAGGCGUCGUCGCCAACCUCGGCAGCAUCGGCGGGUGGCACGGAUUGCCGGGCGCGGGGCUCUACUGCGCGACCAAGGCGUGCGCGACCAUCCUGGCCGAGUCGCUGCGGGCCGAGGUCGCGCACCUGGGCAUCAAGGUCACGGCCGUGGAGCCGGGGUACACGCGGACGAACUUUCUGGUGCCGGGCCACCAGCUGCGGUCGAGCCGGACCAUCGAGGAUCUCAGCGGGGGUGCUGUCAAGGACGCGCUGGCCGCGUUCGACUCGUACAGCCUUAACCAGCCCGGAGACCCCGUCAAGUUCGCUAAGCUCGUCGUGGAUGCUCUGACCUCUUCGGGUUCUUGCCAGGGGAGGGAGCUGCCCCCGAGGCUGCUUGUGGGUAGGGAUGCGUACGGCAUCGUUGGUGAGGCCAUUGAGAAGCAUAAGGAAAACAUGAAGCUGUGGGAGGACUUGGCUACUGCGACUGAUUGCGAUUCGUGA